CACAAAGAUGAAAUAGUUUAGGUACAAUGCUAUCUUUGAACGUAACCAAUUAAGAAAGUCGAACCUUUGUAAAAUAUGAGGCGUCAAAGAUGAGACAUGACUGGCCACAAAACGGACUCCCAUAUUAAUAUUCCUACCAUCGAAAACAACCGUAUAAUCCGGAGUAGUAGCCAAAAUGUCACCAAUUAUCUUGUAGAAUAGCUCCAUAGUGAGACUUCAUAAUCAUUGAUAUUGUAUCGAUCAAAUGGAUUUAUUAUCACCACAAAUCGUCACCGAAGCCAAGCAUCGACGACAUUAUGUAAUCUCAUUUAUAAGAAAUACAGAUUGGUCAACACUUGGAUUCACCAAAUGGGCACUAUGUAAAUUCACGCCUAUCUAUCAUGUACACAGAGUUGACCCAAAUCUGCCAUUCCAAAUUCGUUAAUUUCCUAUUGAUGGUAUGCUGGGUUAGCCUGCAGAUCGCACGGACAAGCCUCGACUUGAGUCUUGAGGGGAGCUUAGGAACCUAAAGUUUUGCAAGUUUCUUGAGCACUAGUUGAAUAGUUGGAGAAUAUCAUCCUUAUCUUCCACAUUAUUACCAUGGGAUAUUAACAAGGAUGACCAGGGUUAGAAAGACCUAAUCAACCUCAUCUUCGACAUUAUUAUCACGAGGUUUAAAUAAGUAAGAGAUGCCGAAUUUGGGUUCAUUUGAGAACAAAUCAUCACCACUUUAAAUGAGUCAUUUUGAUUAUUCAAUCUUGACUACUCGUAUGUUUAACAAUGAGGUACAUAUUUUUGGGUUCAUGCAAGAUGAAUCAUCACCAUUUCAUGGACAUAUAAAUAGGAGGCUGAAGUGAGUGACCAUGAAAUAUUCAAUUUAAGUUUGUUUGGGGACAAUUUAGCAUGAAAUGAACAAUUUAGCAAAUAUGCAGGGAUCAAACUGUAAAAUGCUAAAAGCUCGAUGCUCUCGUAUUCCAAAAAGGCUUUAUAACCCGACAGCCGGAGACAGACCAGCGAAUAUCUCGAUCUCCGCAGUCUCCACCACCUCCGGUUGUAAAUUCACCAAUCCACCGUACCCUUAAUCGUAAUUUUGUGACUCUAUCAGAAUAUCUUCUCUGCCUCCUGGGCAAGUCGUUAGGGUUUAUUAGUUUCCGCCCGAUUCAUAACCCCCACAAAUCAAUUGAUCGUCCGUCGCACGUAAAAAUCGAUCGUUCCAUCUUCGCGGAGGGGGAGGUAGAAUCGCCGAUGGGGUCCAGAGAAAAGGACCAUGGUGCGUCGCACCACCAGCCACUCUUGAGCAGCCUUGUCGUACGGCCAUCGUCUAGCGACGGCGGUGAAGGUGGCGGCGGCGGCAGCGGCGGCGGCGGCGAUGUUGGAGGCGGAGGUGGACGUGGUGGCGGGUUUGAAACUGGCGAGGCGCGUCGUGAGAUGCCGCCAUAUUCUCGAUCCGAGCGAUUCUCUGACGUUCCAGGGUAUAGAAUGAAUGCAGGUUCUGGUUCACCUGCACGUCGUAGGGAUGGAGAUCACCGGUAUGCUUCUGAUUUUGAUAAUUCAGGGGGUCCACCAAGGGGGCGCGAGUUUAUGGUCGGCAGGGAUGCUGGUAGAUUUCGAGAUUCUUCUCCACCUUUCAGUCGAGGUAGAAGUAGUGGUGGUGGCAGGCCAGUAGCUAGAGAGUUUGACCGGCCUGGGUUAGGUCCAGGACCAUUCAGAGGAGAGGCCAUCAAUAGGAACAAUCCAAAUGUGCGUCCCAGGGAUGGAGACUGGGUCUGUUCAGAUCCUAUGUGCACGAAUCUGAACUUUGCUAGGAGAGAGGUGUGCAAUAACUGCAAGAAGCCUCGCUACGCCCAACCAUGGGGAAGCCGAAGUCCUCCUAGGAGGGGCUAUCCGGGUCCCCCGCCUCCACAUGCUGUUGGUCCGAGACGCCCACACGGUCCUCCAAUGGAUCUUUCUCCUCCUGGGAGAGCCAUGAACAUAUACAGGUCUCCGCCUCCUCCCCGUGGCGGUUGGGGCAGGGGCAGCCCUAGGGAUUUCGGGCCUGGUGGCCCUCCACACCUCAGGCACGGAGGACGGUUCUCUGACCCUAGAGAACGCCCCGACUAUCCAGACGACGACUACAGGGGAAGGAGCAAAUUCGAUCACCGGCCGAUGCCACCAGUGGAAUGGGGUCACCGAGAACGCGGCAGGGAUGGGUUCUUCAACGAAAGGAGAGGAGGGUUCGACAGACGGAUGCCGCUUUCUCCUCCUCCUCCUCCUCCCGCUGCUGCACCCCUGCCUAUACCUCCUCAGCGAGGCGGACGAUGGGGACGCGAUGUGAGGGAGAGGAGCAGGUCCCCGAUGAGGGGCGGCCCUCCACCACCGAGAGAUUUCCGACGAGACAUGUUCAUGGAACGAGGAGGAAGGGACGAUCGACGCCCUCUUGGGAGAGAUCGAGUUGGAGACGUGUAUUGACGCGGGAGACAAAGGUUAUAAUCAUCAUAUGGCAAGAGGAGGAGGAGGAAGACGGUGGUAUUUGCUCGAGCAAAGGAAACAUGAUGGAUGCUGCUGCUCUUCAUUAGUGUGAACAAGUUUGCCGCGGCGGGAGAGAUUUCAGAGGACUUGUUUUAGUCGGGUAGAUGUUGUGAUUAUAAUGUGGUACAUACCCGGGAAUUUUGGACAGGUUGGUGUUUGUUGAACUAUCCGGAUGGCUGCUGGUGACUUGGAAUUGUCUGGUUUGAAUUCUGUUGAGUUUGAUGAAAUGCCUGGGGUCAUGAAUGACGCUGCAGCCCAGGCGUAGUGGCUUCUUCAGACUUAGUGAAACUCGUGACUAGAGGUGGCAAUUUCAAUCCAAUUCACCAAUCCAAUCCAUCAAUCCAUUAAAAAUAUCCACCUAAUCCAAUCCAUUUAAAUCCAAUCCAUUUAAUCCAAAUUCAAUUGGAUUGGUGGAUUCAUGGAUUGGCAAAUUAUGGUUUAGUAUCUAUAAUUUUUAUUUUUUACAUUUUGGUACCUAAAAUUUAAUUUUUUUACAAAAAAUAUCAUUGGAAAAUUACGUUUUGGUAUCUAAAAUUUUUCAUUAUGACAUUUUAGUACCUAAACUUUUUACAUUUUACAUAUUGGUCCUUGGUUGAGGAUGUCAUUUGGAUUCAUGGAUAAUCCACCAAUCCACUUGAUCCAAUCCAUUAGAUCCAAUCCAUUUGAUUCAUGGAUCCACCAAUCAAAUCCAUCAAUCCAAUCUAUUUGCCACCUCUACUCGUGACGGUAGAAUAUCGAACGAUAGAAUGAUCGAGUAGUUAAUUAAGCUUUGUUAAGUAAACGCAAGAAUUCGAACGGUUUGUUCCAAACCGGCAGGAUUGCUUGUUCGGAGAGCUAUUCAAAGUUUUCAAUUGGCUUGGUAGUUUGGACAUUGGAGGAUGGUCUUCUAGAUGGAUACCACAACUCACUAUUCAUUCUGGGAGGGAAGAAGAGAUGGAAUUUUCCAGAAAAAAAACCACUAAAAAUUUCAAAAAUACCAUCCAUUUUCGAAAAAUUCCAAAAUAUUUUAGUUUUCCAAAAACCGUCAUCCCUUCUAGCGGUUUAAUUGAUCGUAGUCGUAUGGGGUCUGGGUGGUUUGGUCCAAAACCGUUGUCCCCUGCGGUUUGAUUCAUUUAUUUUUUUUAUCAAUCCUAACCUAGGUGGAAACUUCAAACGAACGUAUAAUUGUGCUCGGGCGAUCGUAGCGAUUUUUUUUUUAUUCAGCGCAACUAUUCGAGAUUUUGCAAGCCGCAAGCCUUCGUCCCGAAAAAAAGCGUCGUUUGCUACCCUGAACGAGCUUUUUCCCGAUUUUGCCAAACUUUGGAUGACUAUAACUUUGAGCUCCAAAAUCCGAACAUCACAAUUUUUGUCAUUUCACAGAACUUUUGAAUGACUACAACUUUUAUUAGGAAAGAAUUUUCAAAACAUGAAUUAUUUUUGGAUAUAAGGGAUUUUGGGAAUAACUUUAUCUUCACUUUUCACAAAUCUACGUACAUUCCGAAAUUAUGGUUAUGAUAAAAAUUGUAGUCCUUCUAAAGUUAUGUGAAACGAAAAAAAUUGUGACGUUCGGAUUUGAAGCACAAAGUUAUGGUCGUCCAAAGUUUGGCGAAAUCGGAAAAAAACUCAUUCGGGGCAGCAACGACGUUCUCUCGGGACGAAGGCUGGUUGCGGCUUGCAAGAUUUCGAAAAGCUAUGCGGAAUAAAAAAAAAUAUUCGCU